AAAGAGUUUCAUUAGUUUGUUUUGGUUUUGUCUUGGUUAAGUCUGAAGUCAUAUUAUAAUACAUUUUUCGGCAUAUUUUAAAGAAUAUUAAUUCUUGUGCUUAUUUAAAAGUUAUUAAUUUCGAUUUAAAUGUAUUCAAUUUGUCUGCCAUUCUAACUGAUUUCUAAAAACUAUAUAAAAGGUACCUAUAUAGUAUUUAUCACAAUUAUAUUUGUACUUCUCAAAAAGGCAUUCCUAUUUACUUGUAUUGUGAAGUAUAUUGUCAAUAUUAUCAUGACUACUCUACUGGAUCGUUUGCAAGAACACUUGGUAAAGAAACGACAGGGGUUGAAUGAUGUACAUGAAACGUUAAAAAAAAUUACUGGUCGUGAUACGUUUGAUGAUCAUUUAAACCAUGGUAAAUUCAACAAACGACCACAGGUAGGUGGUGACCAAAAACCACAAUUCAGAGAGUCAUUAAAGAAAGAUGUCAAGCGAUUACGAGAUAAUAAUCCUUCCUUUAGAAAUGAUAAUCAGAAUCGUAAGGUUUUUGUUAACCCCAAUGAAUCAUCAAAAAUUUUUAAAAAUGGAAAUAAUUCGGGCAGGAUAUCAGCUAAGGAUCGUUUAGGGACAAUUGUUGCAGAUGAUCACCAGAAACCUAUAAAGGAAAAAUAUGAAGAUGAUGAAGAUAUGGACGAAGAUCCUACGCCCAAAAAAACCCUUCAAUCGCAAGUCAUGUUGUCAUCUAAAAUUAUGAAAUCUCGCACUGAAGUAUUGGCUGCUCAACAAGGUGAUCAAGUGACUAAAGAACGAAACCGACGUAUGUUUGGGUCAUUAUUAGGUACUCUACAAAAGUUUAAGAAAGAAGAAACUCAAUUGAAAGAUAAAGAAGAGAAAAAAGCUAAAAUUGAAAGAAGAUUAGAUGAAGAAGCAUUGAAAGAAAAAGAAUCAUUAGUCCUACGGAAGCGAGAAUUAUUUAUGCAAAGGAAACAGCAACAAAGGGACAUAAAAAAUAUAGAGAUUAAAAUGGGAUUGGUAAGAAAUUUUGAAAUAUUUGAACGCCAAAUAAAUUGCACAAUGAAUUUUAUUAAAACUGAAUAUGAUCCUUCGGUGUUUUACUUACCUAAAAUACACAACGAAAAGACUGAAAAAAAAUUAGACAAGACGCGUUCAUAUUUGAGCAAUAUCUUAGGGAAGAAAAGGAAUAUGGUUGAAAGUCAAAUUGAGAAGUUGUUACAACCUGAUGACGAACAAAUGGAGUUUGAUGACAGAGUGGAAGAUGGCGAAGUAAGAGGUGCUGAUGAAGAAGAAGAUGCUGAUGUAGAUGUGUACGAGAGGCAUCAAGAUAAUGGAACUUUUAACUAUGAUUAAAUCCAAUUCUUAAUGACAAGUAUAAUGAACUCAAUAUUUUGUAUAUUUAUUGUAAAUAUUGUUUUAGCACCUUCAACAUUGUUUUAAAUAAUUUAUACAAACUUGGGUUGAGCUCAUUUAUUUGUAGACUAAACCUUUUUUUAAAUACAUUUAUUUUGGUAUUUGAAUAUUUUAUAAAAACUUGGAGAUUACAUGCCAUUUUAGUUUUGUGUUUAAAAUUAAUAUUAUAUAAUUUAUGAUAAGUGUUAGUUAGUCAUUCAUUGAGUUUGUCUUAAUAUAUGUACCUUUAAACUUCAUAAUUUCUGUAUUAAAUUAAAUUUAUUUAUAACAUUAAAUUAAAUUGUUAUUCCUGAAAUCUAAGACCUUUUAACUAAAUUUUAUUAUUUUAAGUAUAUACUUAAAAGUAGAUUUAAACGCUUGUUGUUCAAACCGGUAUAUAAUAAAAACAUUUUGAUUUUUAAACAAUAAAAAAAAAAAUCUUAAUGUUACUACAACAAA